GGUUUGCCAUCCCUAUUGUUUGGAUAAUAAACGCAAAAAUUACCAUGAAUACUGACGAGCGAAACUUCAGGUCCAUCUACUAUGAAAAAUGCCAAAUAAACAGCGUCGAGGAACAAAAGUCGCUGAACAAACUACUACAGGAUGACAUCCGCAACCUGAGCAAGCUGAAGCAGUUCUGCAUGAACUACACAGUGCCGAACAACAAUAGGAGCUAUCUGUGGGCCCUGGUCAUGGGUAUUCUUCCGCUCCACAAAGCGUCCACGGCGUACGUACGCGACCAGAGACGCGAAAUGUACGAGGAUCUGAGGCGAGCGGUAACCGUGCUCCGGCUUAACGACCAUAAGCAGAAGGAGCCCUUCAUGUGGCUGAUAGACCAUAAGAAGAAGGCGCAGGUCAUGCACACCAUGUGGCUGAUAGAGUCCAAUCGACUGUGGCAUGGCAAUACUAGUACCAGUCUCCAGGCGGACGACAUGCACUUCAUAGAGAUUGUGCGCACGUUGCUGCAAAUAUUUGACGACAACGUGGAAACCUACUGGAUAGCAAAGGGAUUCUACAAGUACACCCGCGAACUGAAGAAGGAGUGCGUCAAGCUGAAGGAGCAAACGCAGAAUAUGCUGAAGCGCGAAGAUUUGUCCUUGCUCAAUCACCUGGAGCUUCUGGGCCUGUUUGAUGGCGACUCAACGCUACUGGAUAACUGGUACAUAACCUGCUUUGCUGGAAUAAUCUGUACAACUCAUUUGGUCAAGAUAUGGGACAAAGUCUGUGGAGGGUCCCGGAAGAUUGUUGUUUUCCUGUUUGUAGAACUAGUUAAAGACAUAAGGUCCUCGAUACUAAAGCAAACAUCUUUAGCAGACGUCAAAAGACUAAUAGAAACGGUAAAGGAUCUCGACGGUGUUAUUAUCGUAAACAAGGCCAUCAAAUCGCUACAAAACAACAGCAGCGAAGUCGAAUACACGCACUAAGUAAAUCUACACUUUUAUAUUGGACAUUUCCAGGGUCACGGGACACUGCAUCCAAUAGGAGAGCAGCUCCUCCGUGUAACCAAUAAGGAAGUACAUUUUUCGCGGGGUGAUCGCCUGCCGAAUAAGGGCCGCAAUCCUAAUAGUGUUGUGCUGCCGCUUGAUGAUGAUCUCGGAGCAGACGAGGGCAUGCCAUGUGCCGGUGACAAAUUUGCGGAUGAACACAUCCUCUAUGGCGGUCUGGGACGGACGCAGGGCAUCCUUUAUUGUUGCUAAGAUAGAGGGGUGCCAUCAAAAUGCUUCCUUAAUAAACUUUUGUCACAACUUA